AUGAUAAUUAUUGUAUUUCAUAAUGGAAAUAUUGUCUUUUAUUCGAUGAUUGAUUCGACACAAUCAAAAUUUGUCUGUCGAGGUUCUAUUGAACUUGGUGAACAACUUCAUUCAAUCACUUUGGAUAAUCAUAUGUUAAUAUGUACAUUUGAUUCAACAGUUUCAAUUGAUUUCGUUUUUAUUAAUUUAGAACAAUUUAAAAAAACUGAAGAAGUUUUAAAUAAUAAUCAAAUAUUAAAAAUCUUAGUGAAAUUUGAUCAACCAUUAGAACCGAAAACAAUCAAGCAGAUUAUUUUACCAUAUAGAAUCGGUACGGUUGAAGGAAGUCGUUAUAUUAAAUUUCCAUUAUUCAUAGCUUUAACAAGUGAAUCUUUAUAUGUUAUUCAUCUAUGUGGUAUGAAAAAGAUCUCAUAUGCAAGAAUUGAAGGUCAAUUUGAUUUGGCAUCUAUGCAUAUAAAUAAUCUUGAAUUGGUAUAUACGGCACAUGGAGGUGUUAUUCGAUUGUAUAUGUGGACAUGCUUAAAUUCAAAAGAUGAUAAUCAUAUUCUACAUCAAUGGCAAUUAUAUGUUACAAUUGAUGUUAGUUCUUCGUCGAUUAGGUCAAUUUUUUCUGCACCUGCUUAUGCAUUGAUGUUCUUUUGCUUGCUACAAAAUGGAGCUAUUCAUCUGUACAAUGCAAAAGAUGCGAGACAAAGUUUGAAAACUACACCUCCUUUUCCACGUACAAAUCGAUCAAUACAAACUAUUAAAUUACUUAACGGCGAAGCUAUUACACUUGAUAGGUCACAACGUGAACUGACAUCAUGGUCCUAUCAACACUCGACAUCGAUUGAAUCAACUCGUACCUAUGAAAAUAAUAUAAUUGUUGAUAAUUUCGCGAUGAUUUGUAGCAAUACGGAUCCAAAAGUCGUAUUUAUACUUAUUUUGACAAGUAAUCAUUGUGCGGAGAUUUAUUUAACUAAAUCACUUGAUAAAAAUUGUUUAUUUCAUCUUGAAUUGAAUUCGUCUUCAAGAGUUCAUUCAACAACGAAUGGAAGUUUUCUAAUAUUAACACAAACGGGUUCAAUACAUCACAUUGUUGAAGAGUCGAAAUUUGUUGAAAAGACAAGAAGUCAAUUGGAUAUUCAAUGUUCAAUGAUGCUCAGUUCGAUUCUAAGAAUCAAUUCGCGUGAAUAUCUUGUUAUAUUUGAUGAUAUUGGUAAAUCAAUGGCUAUUUGGUCAAAUGAACAAAUUAUCUAUGUUAAUCUGAAUUUUCCUCACAUUGUUUUACCAUUUUCAUCUCAUUUGUUAUCUCUGAUUGGUGAAUCAUCUCAAGAUUCCGUAUCAUUUCAUUUCAAUAACCGGAAUCUUAUUCUCUGUCAAAUUAAAUUAGAAGAAUCAAACAAAAAAGCUUAUCUUAACAUGACAUCAUUCGAUAAAGUUGACAAAUUUUGUUUAAAAAAACACUAUCUUGCUCAAUUUAGUAAUAAUGAACAUCAACUUAGUUGGUAUGAUAUAAAUCUAUCGAAAUAUCAUCCAUUAAUUCAAAUGUCAAAUGAAUGUUUACAAUUAUGUAUGAAUGAGUCCAGCAAUUAUAUUUUCGCUUUAAUACAACCUUGUAUUUUGCAUAUGUAUCGUACUAUUGAUAAUCAGCAAUUAGCAAAAUUAACUCUCUAUGAUUUCGCUUCUUUUCUGGUAGCAGAUCGAGAUUUUAUUGUUUUAUCAAUGAAUGAUCGACGUUUACUUACACUAAUGAUUGCCGAUCCGAAAGAUCGAAAAUUAAUUGAAAAACUUCAAGCACUACCGAGCAGAAAUUCCAAUCAGAGUACCAAUUCAGAAAGUACAGAUCUUGUUCAACGUUUACAAAAACGAUGCGAUGGACAAAGUAGUGAAGAAGACAGUGAUUUGUCCGACGAUGAUGGUAAUACUAAUUUUCGUCAAAAUAGCAAUAUUCACUGGAAGAUAAAGAUGGCAGCACCCAUAUCUUCGUUUCAGUUAGUGAGGCGGUUUCCUGCUCGGUGUUCAUCGUUAAAGAUGAGUUCUAAUAAGAAAUUAGCUUUUGAGAUAAUCCCCCAGCUGUGUGAUGAAUCAUGUGACAUUGAUGUAACGGAAUUUAUUAAUGAUUCUGACGACGAUAGAGAAGCUAAUGAACAAGCCACCCAUGUAGUCUGUCCUACUCAUUCAAGUGAUCAACUAAAUGAUGAAAUGGAAUCUCAGUCUGUUGUAAAUCCCACAGUUGAAGAUGACUCAACGAUAUUCGUCAAAGCACGAUAG